AUGUGGUUAGCUUAUGUACAAGAAACUCCAACCUACAGCUUGACAACAGCAGUUGAAAAUUUGGCACAACUUUUUGGAAAUUUGGAAUUUGACGCGGAGCAUGAAGCUAAUUGUGGAUUUGAAAGGUUCAAAACGAUCGAAGAAUGUAUGGAACUUGCAAGAAAAUAUAGCAAAGCGGAGGAGGCUUGUAAUACCUACUUACAUACUUUGGAUCUGACAACAUUCCUUACUACCAUAAAACACAUGGAUUUUGCUCAUUUUUUAGAUAAGGUGAAAAGAAAAUCAGUGAGAGAAAAAUAUCAUAAUUUGAAACUAGCAAGCACGACAACACAAUCACAAUUGGAACAAACCUAUAAACCAAUAACAGAACCACUAAAACAACUAAUUUCUACUAUAAGUGAACCGAUAGUACUGAAAGAAGAACCCUUUAGUUUAAAAGAAGAAUUUGUAACACCAAAAAAAAAAUACGAAACUUCAACACCAAGCAAACAGAGAAUAGUUCGAAAAACAGGAAAAACUCCCAUUUUACGAUCAGAGAUACCAUCAUUUUUUGAUACUAGUGUUGCUUCUGUUAGUCAAUUUCCUUCUAUACAGGAAACAACUGUUUUAGCUGAAACUAGUCCUUUUCCAAAAGGUAGUACUAGUGAAAGUUUAAAUUUGUCCGAUAUAUUGGAACAAACUAAGCAAUCAAUUAAAAAUUAUAUAGAAUCUUACCAAGUGUAUUUGUCAGAUUUUCAUAAAUUACCUAGAUCCUAUAUUGAUGGAAGCGUAAGGGAUACAGAACAUAAAUUCGAUCAUAAUUAUGGAGUAGUUCAUGAUAUUGAUGGUGAAAAUUUUUUUCUGGGUCUAACACAAAAACCCGUGAAAAUAGUUGGUAAAAAUAUUGUAGUAGAGGGUAGAACUUAUGAGGGUACUGUGGGUUUAUACGAAUUACUUUUUAAAAAGGAACCUGUUGGCUUCAAACCCAAAGAUUUGGAUAAUUAUAUGGACAUUUUGAAAAUAAGAAAUGCAUACCGUAGAAAUAAUGACCCCAAUGAACAAGUUCAAGGAACCGCAUCUACAAAAUAUAUUACAAUUAUAGGUCCAUAUCUUCAAAAGAAAGGAAUUACAAAAUCUAAAACAAUAAAUCCCAACUUGAAAAAAGACCUAACUUAUUUUGGAAAAAAAAUAAAUGAAGAUUUUGAGAAUAGAUUAAAACAGGAUGUGAUUAAUGUUAAUGAAAGGUUGAAUGAAAAUGAUGUAAAAAUCGAAAAUACUGCAAAAAAAAUUAAGCUUUUUGAAAAUGAUUUAAAAAAAGACAUUAUUGAUUGUAGUGCAUCAACAAAAAAAAAUUAUGAAAAGCUAACAAAAUUUGAAGGUGAUAUUGAAACAAUAACAAAAUAUCAUAAUGAUGUUAUUGAUUUGAAAAAUUAUUUUGAAACCGAAAUAACAAAAUUAAAAACAUACAUGAAUGAAACAUCAAAAAUCGAUAGUGUUCAAAAAAGCAUAGAAGAUAAUCUCAAAUUAAAAUUUGAAAAUUUUUCAACCAAAGUUUAUGAUAGAGUUACGAAAGAAGUAAAGUACUUCAAAAAUAAUCAUGAUAAUAUUGAUAAAAAUAUAAAGCGCUUGGACAGAACUUCAAAUUUAAAUGCACUACUACGAAAAAAAAAUACUGACGAUAUCGCAUUUAUAAAGGAGCAAUUAAACACAAUUUUGACACAAAUUCCAAAGCUAACAUCGAUACAAAGUUCAAGUGAAGAAGAAGUACGUAAUCUUAAAAUUAAAAUAAAUGACAUUGAAAUGAAUACUAAAGAAAUUACUGACUUCAAAAAUCAAUUAAAUAAUAUUUCAUUGGACAUUUCGAGAUUGUCAUCUGUACAAAAUUCAAAGAUGGAAGAACAACUGAAACUCACAACCGGAAUUACUGAAAUAAAAUCGAUUAUCAAAGUGAUUACCGACCUAGAAAAUCAAUUCAAGAUUAUUUCAAUGAAAGUUUUAGAUUUGGGAAAAAAAAUUGAUGAAAUAAAAAAUCUAAAGGUUGAUGAAGACGUAGAGUUCAAAAUUGAUCAAAAAGUUGAACAAAUUAGAAAAUAUGGAACCAAGGAUAUUGAAUUAUUAAAAGAAAAAUUAAAUACAAUUUUAUCACAAGUUUCAGAAUUGUCUUUUACACAAAUUUCAGGCAAAAAAGAAAUAGAACAGCUUAAAAUUGAUAUUGAUGACAUUAAAAUCAACACUAAAGGAAUUACUGAUUUCAAAAAUCAAUUUAAUAAUAUUUCAACAGAAAUUUCCAAGUUUUCCUUAAUGCAAAAUUCAAACAAAGAAGAAAUACUAAAACUUGAAACUCAAUUGACAAAGAUACAACUGGUUACUAAAGUUGUUACCGACCUAGAAAAUCAAUUCAAGAAUAUUUCGAAGGAAAUUUUAAAUUUAGGUAAAAGAAUUGAUGAAAUAAAAAAUCUAAAAAUUGAUGUAGAUUCCAAAAUUGAUCAGAAAGUUGAAAAAAUUGAAAAAGAUAUUCAGUUAUUAAGAGAAUAUGUUGAAAAUGAGGACAAAAAAUUGAAUGUGGGUAUUAAAAAAAUAAAUGAAACUAUGGGAACCAAAAUUAAAGAAAUAAUAAUUGAAAAUCUCAAAGCAGAAAUUGCACAAGUGAAAGAUAAAAUUGAAAAUAUAAGUACAGCUCAACUAGACAAAGUAAAUAAUCUUCUCAAUGGACAAAACCUGGAGGAAGUAUCGUUGACAAAAAGAUGGUUGAUAUUUUCUAUUCAAUCUACAAUUCCAACUAUAAUUAAGAAAUUAAAUGAAGAAUUGAAGAAAAUAGAAGAAGAAGGGUUAGGUGAUGUCGAGAAUAGAACAAUUAAAUAUCUAAGAAUCCACGUUAAAGAUUGUCUUGAUAAUAUAAAUGGAGAAAUUGACAAAAUAUUUGAAUAUUUAAAGGAAACAGAUGAAAAAAUCAUGAUUAAUAAAUUGGAAAAAUGGGUGGAAUCUUACAAAAGCUAUUAG